UCAAAUUUACCUAUUGUCUGGAUGGUUACCUGAAUUUGGAAUAAUUUGAGAUAAAUUAAAGUAAGAAAACCUACCUUAUUGAUUUAUUUUUAUCUUAUUUCUUUCACUAAUAAUUAAUUACUAAAAUAAUGUACUACUUCUUCCAUGUUCAAACAGUACAACAGUUCCUCUGUAAAUCAUUCAGGCUGCUUGUGUAAAAUGACUGAAUUUAUGGUGAUUAAACCAUCUUAUCCUUAUUCUUAUCUCAGGGCUUUACUCUAAUUGAGUCCUAAAUCAAGACUGUUUACUUUUAGAUUUUCUUGUGUUCUUAAAGGUUCUUUAUUGGAAUCUAUAUGGUUCCAUGAAGAACCUUUGGCAUUCAUAGAAUCGCUCCAUUCCACAAAAGGUUCUGUAGUUUUUAAAAUGUUCUUCACACUGGGAAAAAAAAAGAAAAAAAAAAAAAGUUCUUUUAAGAACUGUUCACUGAAUUUUGUUUUUUUUUGGAAACCAAAAAAGAUUCUUCUGUGUCAUCUCUGUGAAACCCCCCUUUUGGAAAUUUUUAAGAGUAUAUAGUAUUUUGUUUCCUUAUUCCUCCUUGUUAAAGAUUAAGGUUGAAGUUGGCAUCAUAGCACUAGUCAUUAAUGUUCAGGCCGUUGUUUUCUUCAGCUGUUUCUGGUCUGUAGCCCAUCCUCCAGAGCUCCAGCGGUCCCUCCUCCCUCUCAAGCCGGAAUGUGACGCUCAUAUGUGGGUGUGAGACACGCACAUCACUGCGAUAUUCCGCCUCUCCCAUCCUCCGCGUUCUUUUCGUUCACCUUUGAUGCUUUUAUUCUAUUGUUCUAUUUAUAAUUCAUAUGCUUCAAGUACAGACAUGCAUCUUCACGUAUGAGGAUGCGCGAAUGUGUUGCUUUCCUCUGAUUUAUUGAUCGGGUCGAUCAUAACGAGUAGGAUUUUUUUUUAGAUGAAAUGAUUCUCGGGAUGAGAUCGUUGUAAACGCGCGGUCACACGGACCUCUCAGGUUUUUCUCCAGAUGAAGCAGGAACGGUUUGUUUCCUCUAAGAGGUCGAGGGCUUGUGUGAAACGGCAGAAUGCAGCUGGAGGAGUCGGUAAUAUUAUCAGUAAUGUGCUGAAGAAACGCAACGGCAUCUCUAGAAGAGCGCCGCGCCUCCUGUGCACCCUAGAGCCAGGGGUGGACACCAGGUUGAAGUUCACUAUCGAACCUUCUUUAGGCAAGAACGGCUUUCAACAAUGGUACGACGCUCUGAAGGCAGUGGCCAGACUCCCAGUAGGGAUUCCCAAAGAGUGGAGGAAGAGGGUAUGGCUGACCCUGGCUGACCAGUACCUCCACAGCAUCUCCAUAGACUGGGAGAAAACAAUGAGAUUCGCCUUCAAUGAUCGCAGCAAUCCAGAUGAUGACACUUUGGGAAUCCAAAUCGUGAAGGACCUGCACAGGACGGGCUGCAGUUCAUACUGUGGCCAGGAGGCGGAGCAGGACCGCGUGGUGCUGAAGCGGGUGCUGCUGGCAUAUGCCCGCUGGAACAAGACUGUAGGAUACUGUCAGGGCUUCAAUGUUCUGGCCGCUCUCAUCCUGGAGGUCACAGAGGGAAAUGAAGGAGAUGCGUUGAAGGUGAUGAUCUAUUUGAUCGAUAAAGUGCUUCCCGAUAGUUACUUCGCCAAUAACCUGCGUGCCCUCUCAGUGGACAUGGCUGUGUUCAGAGAUCUGUUGCGACUGAAGCUUCCAGAACUUUCUCAGCAUCUCCACCAUCUCCAGAAAGUAGCCAAUCGGGAAGGAGGAGGGAGCUAUGAGCCUCCACUCACCAACGUCUUCACCAUGCAGUGGUUUCUCACCAUGUUUGCCACUUGUUUGCCUCAUCACACCGUGCUGAAGAUCUGGGACUCGGUCUUCUUUGAGGGCUCUGAAAUGCUGCUGCGUGUAGCUCUCGCCAUCUGGGCCAAACUCGGAGAGCGAAUUGAGGAGUGCCAGACUGCCGAUGAAUUUUAUAGUACUAUGGGCUGCCUGACGCAGGAAAUGCUGGAGCACAACCUUAUCGACUCCAAUGAUCUCAUGCAGACGGUCUACUCCAUGGCCCCGUUCCCGUUCCCCCAGCUGGCUGAGCUCAGGGAGAAAUACACCUACAACAUCACCCCGUUCCCGACCCCUGUCAGAGCGAACAGCAGUCUGGCACUCCAUGGAUGGGAGAGUGAUGAUGAUGCUGACAUGGAUGAUGAAGACACUAUUGUCACUGCUCUGGGUUGCCUGGGGCCUCUUGGAGGACUUCUGGCCCCUGAGAUCCAAAGAUACCAAAAGCACCUUAAAGAUCAGAGAGCGGAUCAGGGCUCUCACGGCAGUAACAUGGCCGAGCUGAGUCCCGGGGCGGUGGGUGCGGGACGGGCCGAGCACCAGGCGGCCAUCAACAGCAUGAUGCUGGAGCGCAUGAGCACCGACAUCAGCGCACUGAAGAAACAGUACUCGCGCAUCAAACAGAAACAACAGCAGCAGGCCGGGCUCCUGUACAUCCACACAGGACCUCGAGUGGAAGCUGAAACUAUUGAACCUCAUCAAGCCAGUAAACCACAGAAGCACCACACUGAUAAGUGUCCAGCCACCAGUAUCCUUCCCUCCCAAAUUGGUCCCUCCCCUGUGGUCAACCAUCUUCUCCUGGGCAGGAGGCCCAGACCCAGUCAGCAAUCCUCAAAGAGCGGGAUCAUCCAUAACGGUGGAGGUCCUCAAGCCCACUCCACACCCAGCCAAGAUCAGAUGAUUCGGGCCAGACAUCACUCGCCCUGGCGCACACAUGUGCGAGCGCACCGGAGGAACAUCGCCAGGGCACGGGCGCAACUUGGGUUUGAUGAUUCGCAGGAGAUAGAAGACGAACAAACAGAUGUGAGCAAAACAGAAGAUGCAUCUGAAGAGGAAAGACUUGAGGAUGAAGAGCAAGAGAAGGUGGAGACAAUAAGCUCGAAUGUCUCUCAGGAAGAUCACAGCUCUGGAGAAGGAGAAGAUGUCCAGGAGAUCAACAAGCAGUUUUCUUCUUUGGAACUGGAACCAGAACUUUCAUCAGAAGCAGCUUCUGAUCCAACUCCACAACCAGAACCAGCUUCUGAUCCACCUACACCAACUCCACCACCAGAAUCAGCUUCAAAUCCAAAUACACCAACUCCACCACAGCCGGAGCCCGAACCCACGGCCUCAGCUUCGCUCCCAUCCACCCGCCGUCCAGGUUCAGACUCCUCCAGCUCAGAAAGCGGAGGCUCCCUCAAAAGAAGCCCAUCAACGUCAGCAGGAGAACCUCCGAAACCACAGCAGAUCUUCUCCCCGUUCCCUUGCAUCAAAACCCCUCGCAAGUCCAUCACUGCCAGAAACCUGGGCCUCUACGGUCCAAACGCCAGGACUCCAAAUGUGCACUUUCCCCAGAUGAGCAGAAGCAUGAACAGUGUUGGAAACACCACAAGGCGACGAUGAUGAAUUGUCGACUACAGAUGAGCACUUGGGUUAAAAACUCCAACCACGAAAGCACAUCUCUAGUAUGCUUCCAGAUACUCCAAAACAUCUACAUUUAGGAACAAUAUUGGAUAAUUUAAUGCUUCCAUGAAGUUUAUAUAACAUGAAUUUAUGAAGGCUGUUUCCUGUUUAUUUUCUUUUUUUAAUGAAACCCUACCUAAACAUCUGGGAAUUAUAACCGGCAUUGAAAGUAUCUCUUUUUGCAUGUUCAAGUCAGCAGUAUUCGCUACAAUGCACAGUGUAUGUUUACUUACAUGCUUCAAAGCUCAGAAAAUCACAAUCACAUGUAUGUAAAAUUCUCAUGCUAACUGGGAAAUGCUGCAGUUCUGCAUCACACAGUCCAAAAGGAUUUUUAGCACCCAUUUACACUAUUUAAUCCUAUAAAGUCAGCAAAUUUUCCAUGUUCGCUUGUUUCUGUUGUUUUUGACAACACUGGUGUUCAUUUUUCAAUCGUGUCAAGCCAUUCAUGUUUCUCUUAUUUUGAUCUUUCCUUAGUAAAUUAUUCAUUUGCCAUCUGAAUGACACAAGUUGUUGAAAAAAAGUUCUUCUCUUUUAUUUUUUUUGAUGCUCCUGUCAAAAUGCUCCUGCAAUUUAACGUCCCUUUGAAUGUUUCUCUUCUCUCUAUUAAUCUUUGGUGCUUAUGAGUAGUGGAGGAUCACAAAUGUCCCACAGAGAAUAAAAGACGUGCAAGUAUGGAAAAAAAACUCUUCAGUUUCUACUUAUUUCUGUUGUUUCCACUCCAAUAAGUC